GACCCCAUUUAAUCCUCGGUCUAGUUUAGCUAGUCUCCGGCAAGAACCUGCCCACUGAGAAGGCCGGUUCUUUCCGGCCAGCGUGGGCCCGGGCCAACCCCUCAGGCGGCUGCGCCUUCUCAGCGGCCUACCAUUGACGCUGGGGUCUGGACAGCGAGCGGCCACUGAGGUUUGAUUCAAGCAUCUUAUAUUGCCACUACUAAUUCAAGCACUAUGUUGUUUACCUCGAUGUCAAAUGCUUCUGCCUCCACUGUUGCUACUGGGUUCUCGGGUACAGCUACGUCCACAACCACCACUAGCACUGUCACUACCACCACCACUACCAUCACCACCAGUGACUUUGCAUUGAAUCUAAAACCACCCAUGCAAGCUGGGAUUAAUGACACUGAUCCAGCCAAUAUGGCUUCUGUGCCUUUUACUUCGACCAUUGAUACGGUCGUGACUCCCAUGAUGACAUAUGGUCAGCUGCACGGUCUGUUAAACAAGUGGAACCUUGAGCUAGAGGAUCAAGAGAAAUACUUCCUUCACCAUGCCACCCAGAUCAAUGCUUGGGACCAUUUAUUGAUUGAGAAUGGUGAAAAGAUUACUGUUUUAGAUGAAGAGGUGGAAAAGGUGAAACAGGAUCAGAAAAGACUGGAACAAGAAUUGGAUUUUAUCCUGUCACAGCAGCAGGAACUAGAAGAUCUUUUGAGCCCUUUAGAGGCUUCUCUGAAGGACCAGAAUGGGUCUUUUUCUCUUCAGCAUACAGAUGGGGAACUUAAGAACACUUACAAAUCAGCAGAAAAUAUAGAUGCUCAGCUGAAACAAAUGACUCAAGAUCUCAAGGACAUUAUUGAGCACCUGAAUAGCUUUGGAAGAUCAGCUGACGCUAGUGACCCGAUCCAGCAGAUCUGCAAAAUUUUGAAUGCUCAUAUGGAUUCUCUACAGUGGAUUGAGGAAAAUUCAGGCAUGCUGCAACGGAAGGUGGAGGCAGUAAUCCAGGUUUUUGUGGCUCAUCACUGCAAGGAGCAGAACAAUGUCAGGAUUGAUUUUGAGUGAAUGAGCGAAUUUUCUGCAUGUUGUUUUUAGAUUACACAUUACCUACAAAUAUAGACAAUCUUAAAUAGAGUAGUUUUUACAGUUACGCUUUAAUCUUUGGUUGUGGUAAAAUGUAUGCCUAUCUGCAAUGAUUUUUUCCCCCAUUGAAAUAUUAUACUCUUGAGCAUUAUACUAGAGUUUGAUUGAUAGUAUUAGAAAAUUAAAAUAUUAGCCCUGCUGUUUAGAAAGCAGUCUGUUUAGAUGUUGAUACUCUGUGCGUAAUUUUUAAUCUUAUUAUGCUAGAUUCCACUCCUUUCUACCAGCACAAAUCAUCUUUCUCACUGUAAUCAGACCAUAGAGAAGCAUUUGCCAAAAAUCUAAAUGCCAGUUUGUCUUUUCUAGGGGCCUACUAUUUCCAACAUGCAGUGCUAGUUACUCUAAAGUCUUUCUCCUCAAAGAACUUACUGUCUAGUUUGGGAAUAAAUAAUGCCUGUUUGUAUGAAAACAAGACAAGGCUAUAUGUUCUCCACUACAAAAAGUAUGUGCCACAGAAAUUCAGAGAAGGGAGUACAAGUCAGUGUUGAUUUUGGUUUGAAUUAGGUUAUUUUAAGGAGAAGUUUCAGGCAGUAAGCUUUCUUUUGGUGUACAGCUAUCUUGGUAUCUUAUUUAGUUUUAAUAUAUGAUUUAUAGUUGAUUAGCGUGAUUUUUUUAAAAAGCCUUAUUCGUGUGGGAACAGUCUGAUCUCUUCUGUUAUAUGUUUCAUAUCUGUCAUAAAUAAAGGUG